UGGUUUGACGUUUUCUUAUUCCCACACGAGGAAGAAAGUAAAUCGAAGUAGCAUUCAAAUUGCGUUUUACUAAAAUAGAAAUUGAAAUCUUUGGAUUCCGUUUAAAAGAGAUUGCAUCCUAACCUGUGUUCAAGAACUUCGAUAAAAGAGUCGAAUUACGAUGUCAAAUCCAGCAUAUCCGCCACAACAAUAUGGCGACCAACGAAACCAGCCUCCGUACGUAUCUGGCUACGGUAAUCCCUCAUAUCCCCCACCAACUGGCUAUACACAGCCUCCUGGAGYCUACCCUCCUMCUGCCCAAGGUGGAUAUCCACCACAAGGAGGCUAUCCUCCUCCACCAUCAUAUGAAUCGGCUACGAAACCSGAGCCGUUGGUUGAUGUUGUGCACGUUCCACCGUCGGAUGUUGGCCGUGAGAUGAUUUCCUUUGAUGAUAAAAGCAUUCGAAGGGGUUUCAUCAGACGGGUGUAUUUCAUUCUCAUGUGCCAGYUGGCCUUCACCGUUGCCACUAUUUGCCUCUUCAUGUUCUGCAAACCUGUGAAGAAGUUUGUCCGUGAAAGUGAACAUUCAUUGGCUAUUUAUCUCUCUGCAUAUGGCAUCUUUAUYGUUCUUUACUUCGUCCUGGUGUGUUGUCAGAGCGUAAGGAGGAAAUAUCCUGGCAACCUGCUUUGCUUGACCGUAUUUACCAUGGCUCUGUCAUACCUUGUGGGGGUCAUCUCAAGUUAUCACAACACCAGCGUGGUUCUCAUGGUUAUGGGUAUCACAACUUUGGUGUGUAUGUCUGUGAUAAUCUUCUCUUGUCAAACAAAGUAUGACUUUACCACAUGGGGAGGAAUGUUGUUCUGUGCUUCAUUAGCACUUUUCUUCCUGGCAGUCUUCACUCCAUUAUGGUUGUUACUCCAAACAACGGUUGGCAUGAUCAUACUUGGUGGAGCCAUCGCUUUAUUAUUUGUUGCCUUCCUUGCAUACGACACACAGCUGAUUAUGGGCGGCAAGAAGUAUGAACUGAGCCCAGAGGAGUAUGUUUUUGGUGCCCUGAGCCUCUACAUGGAUAUCAUCAGGAUCUUUUUACUGCUAUUGGCCUUAUUUGGCAGGGGUAAUAACUAGUAUUGUAACCUGGAGACCACCUUAUUAAAGGAAAUUUUCUGUCCCCUGUUCAGUAAURCAUUAUGCAGGAAGUCAUGCAAGCAUGAAAAAAA